UGUGUUUUCGUCUGCAAACACGAGCAUGGGUGAUUCUUCCGACGAUUUCCGGAGUACAGACAUUUGGAGGAGACCCCAGACAGAAGAGCUGGUAGACGUGCACGUGUACGUCGUACCUUCCGCUGAAUGGAUUGAGCAACGGAAACUCGCCAAAAGAGACAUUAUUGAUCAAGCAGUUUCGUCUGGUUUCGUCAGAGUUAUUCCUUCCACAACUUUAUUGGAGUUGAGAAGUGAAAUUAGAGAGCAACUGGGAACUGAAAAUGUCCCUGAUGCCUACGUCUUCCUGCGCAGUGUUGGAAGAAAUUUCACACAAGUCAAAUCGAAGCAAGAAUUAGAAUUGAAAGUCAAGAGUUUCCUCCCACCAUACGCAGAAGAACCAGAAAUCUAUGUGAAAGAAGGGGAGUACACAGCUGUCCGAAGUGCUUCAGUGGGUGUGUUGUCACGCACAACAAAACUGACCAGUUCAGCAAGUACACCGGUUACUAGUUCUUCGGAAUCCCAGACCGACAGCCUCGACGAUCCCGCCUUUUCGGGCAACUUAAAGAGGAGAGCUUUGAGCUUGGACAGGAGACAAAACAGGCCUCCUAUGACAUCUGUGAAGGCCGUCUCCUCGCAACAGGUGCCACAGAGCAGGUCCCAAAGGACCGGCCGACCCCCGACACCGAGGGUCAAGGAGAGAUUCUUCAUUAAAACAAACAAAUUCAGGUCCUCCUCCAUUGCUUCUAAAAUGAACGAAUCCAUACGGGAGAGUCCGACUGAGCAAGUGGAAGAAAUCAGGACCCCUAUCGAAAAUCUAAAAGUCGAAACAGAUUCCGAAAUGGUCCUGAACAGUCCACCCCCUCGACCCUCAAGCGAAACUUCCAAACUAAAUUCCAGUGACAUUAAAAUACCUGUUCCAACUCCGACACCAACACCUACACCACAAGAUCCAGGUAAGAACGACGCAGAAACCCCUGGUCCACAAAAUAAUAACGAAUCACAUUCCUUGACAGAUAAUAAAACUUCAGAGGAUGAAGAUACAUCAUCCUGUCCCAAUACUGAACCUACUCAGGCUGACAAGUCAGAUCUAGAAGAAAUCAAUCACCAAGAACCUGAACUUACCAUCAACAAUGAAUCUCCUGCAACAGAGGAAGACACCGUUCCAGAAAAGGAGGAUGAGAUCCAUGAAUCCCCAGAAGACAAAGAGACAGAGCCUUUACUAGAAGAUAGACUUCGAAAAGACAGCUCAGAGCUUAUGUUUGAUGACAGAAUGCAGUCCAAAAUGGGCGAUGAGGAUGUAAUCGUCGAUCCAAUCAAGCUGCUUCAAGGUGAAGGAGAUUCGAUGAAGAACGGGGAUGAAAACGGCAGGGACCAUUACGACGAAGGCUUCCACAGCGGAGAGUUGGUCGCUUCUGAGGAAGACAGCAACAGCAUCGACACUUUGGGGAGUUCGCGAGUGAAAGAUGUGGAGGAGCUUUCGAAGCCAGCUAUUCGUGCAGCCACACCGAUGCCAAGAAGCACCAGCUUCUACAAAGUGAAUUUAGAUCCAGAAAUUAGACAGCUGCAAUCUAAGUUCGAGGAACUGAGGGCCGAGCGGCGACUCAGAGAACUAAAGAGGGACGCCCUCAUGCAGAAGGUGAGGGAUCUGCAGAAAAGGAAAGCUACCUCAAAGGACAGAGCUCGCGAGGAGUGGAAAAGGAGAUACCAGGAUGUGAAGAAGGCAACUCCUCGACUGGAGGAUCACUGCAGCAAGCUGAGACAGGAGCUCGAGAAGCUCGUCAAGGACAUGCUGGUCAGCAUCAAGACGGAUCGAGAUUCACAACCGCAUAAGCCUUCCAAGAAGACAAGUUACAAAAUAAUGAUAAUGCGUCUUUUACAAGAAGUUGAAGAUUUGAGAAGACGGUUGCAGUCAGUAACCAUACGACUAAACGCAGAAACAAAACUCCGAGCACAGGCAGAAUUCGAAGUAAAAAAACUGAGACAAGAUCUCCUGCACAAAAAAACUCAAGUGACUCUCACCAGAAAACAAACGGCCUUUCCGCAAACUUCGGAACAAUUCUUUAUUAGUGCUGUGUGAUGGGAGUAGGCCAAGAGUUGAAGAUUGCGGCCAGAAUGGAGCAGACAUACCCAGGAUGUGAAGACUGCAAAAACAGCUUUGCAUCAUUUUUGCGAGAUAUUUGCUCAGAGCUUCCAGAAACAGGCAUAAAAAAGAUCAACUGGGGUAAAAGGACAAUUUUCAAGGACGUUGCCCAGGCAUUUGGACAAUGAACACAAACCAAGGGAUGUCUGUUUGGCAGAACAUAUAAAGGACAAAAGUUGUUUGUGCUAGAAGUUUUGUAUGACCAAUUGUUUUGAUUCUUCCUCUGAAAAACCAUGGAUCUUAAAACCAGCGAUAUCAACUUUUUCUCGCAAACAGAAAUACUGCGCUUAUGUAUAUAUAACAUUUUAUUAGUUUUAUUUCAACGCCAUGGCAUGGACAUUUCUUAUUGAAAUAUCGGUUAUUUAUACGGAACUGGAUUGUUACACAGUUCAGACUUGUGUAUAUUCAUUCAUUAUUUUAAGUUAUGCAUCUUGAAAAAUUAAAACACUUCAAAUAUCUGUUCAGGAAAAAAAAUUCUGAUCUCUUCAAUCAAUUGAUCAGUAUAUCAAUUAACUACAAUGUUUUAAACACAUAAAUGUACAUACAAUUUUUCCCCCUUUCUAUCAAUUUAUGAUAGUAUCGUUAUAUUUGCACAGCUAGCCUUUAAUAUGAGCAUAAUUAAUGAAAAUUGUGAUCUGAGAAUACCCAGAAUUACAGAUUCUACUUUCUCAAGUUCACAGUUUUUCUGGAUUUGUGAAGUGUACAUUGAAUUUUCCCUUUCAUUUUGCUUUAGAGCAAAUAUAUAGAGAUUAAUUACAUGAAGAAAUGGAAUAUUAGACGGAAUGUAAAUAUCUUUAAACAGUGAUGGUCGGAUUAUGGGUAGAUUAAAUUGAUAUAUAUUCUCAUUUAAACGAUACACAUGAAAUUUUAUGAUUAGGAAAUACUUUUCAAGGUCAUAUAAUUCAAUAUUUUAGGAAUAAUUUAUUGAAUAACUGGACAACCAAACAAAAUUCUUUGUAUUGUAAGCUUUACUUUAUCUUCAACACUUGAGAAUAUGCAGAUUUCAGGAUCUAAUCGAAUUAAUGAAUGAUGAUUUUGUGAAAAGCCAUUGUCUCCAGAACAAUCUAUUGUCGACCAAUUUGCUCUUCAAACUAUUGGAGGGAGGGUAAAAUGUGAAAUCUUAAAUUAUUAAAGGAUUUAACUCUUCAAAGAAAAAGGGAAA